AUGUCUGUAAUUCGAGGAAGUAUUUGGUGGGAUGUGCGUAUUGCGUCCAAUAACAAACAUCUAUGGUUAUGGAUUAAUCCUGGAAUGCAUAACGCGGAUAUGAUUGAAAUCUACUCAACUCAGUUUCAACAUAUACGUAACAUUAAGUUUGGAGAACCCAUAUUGUAUUGGUUUCGACGUGGAAUUAGUUUUGCGAUGACAGAUAAUUGUGUUGCAUCAAUCAAUAGACGUCCACAAAACAAUGGUCAAGUGGUACAAAUUAACAUCUUUAGCCUUGAUAUGAAACUAAUAAAAUCACAAGAUUUGGGCACAUGUACCGAUUUAGUACAGAUUCGCACCGAUGGGAUGACUCGAUUUUUUGUAACUACUGGACAAACAAUAAUUCAUAUGGUGAUGGCACGAGGAAAGAAGGACAUAAUUGAUCUCUCAUAUGUUGGCAACUCUAUUGCUGUUCUCAAUAGCAAACGAUUUGUCGUCGGCGAUUCGAAUCAAGAUGUAGAACUCGUUCAAUUAUUAACAUAA